CAUCGAAAUAAUUCGCGCGUGUUUAUAACUUUGUAAUAAUCUAAAAAUAUAACCUUCGUUUAUAUUAUAAAUAAAAAAUAAUGUGCAAUUAAAAUGGAUGAUUUAGAAGUUGAUCCUAAUGUUAUUGUGGUACGUGCUAAGCCCGAGGGUCAAAGAAAAACUUUUAAACCAAAUAUUCGUGCAAUAAAUAAAAUUCCUGAUGAACUGUUGAAUGAUCCACUGUUAAGCCGGGCAUGUGAAACAUUACCUCAGAAUUAUAACUUCGAAAUUCAUAAGACAAUAUGGAGGAUAAGAUCUUUAAACGCGAGAAGAGUGGCUUUACAAUUACCAGAAGGCUUAACAAUGUUUGCCACAACUUUAUGUGAUAUAAUCGAGACAUUCACUGAAGCAGAUACUGUGAUAAUGGGAGAUGUGACAUAUGGAGCUUGCUGUAUAGAUGAUUUCACAGCAGUUGCGCUUGGUGUCGACCUCCUUGUACAUUAUGGUCACUCAUGCCUUAUACCAAUAGAUCAAACCAGUGAUAUAAAGGUGCUGUAUAUAUUUGUAGAUAUAAAAAUAGACCCAUCACACUUUAUAGACACAAUUAAAAUGAAUUUUCCUAAACGGACACAUCUAGCUAUAGUUAGUACAAUUCAAUUUGUUACAACAUUACAUUCUGUAGCAAAAACCCUGCGUAGUGAAGAAUAUAUUGUCACAGUGCCUCAAUGUAAGCCUUUAUCGCCUGGAGAAAUCCUUGGUUGUACAGCUCCUAAGCUCAAUUCAGAUAACAUCAUUUAUUUGGGGGAUGGGAGAUUCCAUUUAGAAUCUAUAAUGAUAGCCAAUCCAAAUAUUCCUGCUUACAAAUAUGAUCCAUAUGAUAAGAAAUUUACAUCUGAAACCUAUGAUCAUGAACUAAUGCAAGAAAAUAGAAUAAAUCAAGUAAGAAUUGCAGAAAAAGCUAGAGAAUUUGGCCUUAUUCUAGGUACAUUAGGCAGGCAAGGAAGUACAAAAGUUUUAGGUAAUCUCGAGAAACAAAUUCAGAAUUCUGGAAAGAAAUAUGUAAAAAUAUUAUUAUCAGAGAUCUUUCCUAGCAAGUUAGCACUAUUUUCUCUGGGUGCAUUUGUCCAAGUUGCAUGUCCAAGGUUAUCUAUUGACUGGGGUACAGCAUUUCCGAAGCCUCUACUUACACCAUAUGAGUUUUCUGUGUCACUUGGAAAUAGUAAAUGGUUGAAAGAUGAUGGGACAUAUCCUAUGGAUUUUUACUCAAAUGAAAGCUUAGGACCAUGGACUCCUAACUUUAAGCCUAUUUUAUGUUCCGGUACAGACAAAAAGUGUGAAAAUUGUUGUGAAGGUAAAGGUAAAGAGAAAAAGUGAAUUACCGGUA